AUGAUGCCAGAAUUACCUUCGCUUUAAAGUUACUAUUUGAGUAAAAUCUGUAUAGUUCAUUUAAAAAUAAAAUUUUAAUUAAAAUAUAUGUUAGAAGCUCAGUUCAACCGAGUUGCUGAAUUUUCAAUUAAACGCAGAAAUCAUAAAACACAUUAAAAAAAUUGUAGUUUGUAGCAAACAACACGGCUCUCCAUUCAUUACGUGGAAGGUCACGUGAGAGAAAGCUAGUUAAACAUCAUUCCCGAUCUGACUAUCAUUAUGAUAAUAAUAUUCAAAGUUUCCGGUCAACAUUUUUGUAACGGAUAAUCCACGAGCAGGUUUUCUGAUAUAUUGGUAUCAUUUUUAAACAUUUGGCCAUAACUUGAACGAGUGAGGUGUAAGAAAUAAUUUUGAAAAAUAUAUUUCAUAAAGAAGUAAAGAAAGUAUGGCUACUUAUCUUUCAAAACGAGCAGAUGCUAUUAAGAACUGGGAAGAUUUUCUUGAUAAAUAUCUGGGAAUCUGCAUUGAGGACGAGUACGAUAAAGAGAAAAAUCCUGAAGGAUAUGUUGACCUUGCAACUGCUGUCAAUAAUUUAUGUCCUGACAUUAUAUAUCCAAAGCUUGCAAGCAAAGACGUUUGGUACUGUGAUCCAGCCAUGCUGCAGUAUAGAGAAGAUUUUGGCAUAAUGAGAUUAAGAAAGGCCAUGGCUUCAUUAAUGACAGUAUUCUUAGAAACUCACAAGCCAAUAGAGCCAACAGAUCUUGUCUGCAGUGCUGGUGUUACUAGUUGCAUCGACCUCCUUAGCCACUGCAUCGCUGAUCCAGGAGAUGUAAUCUUAGCUCCGACUCCGAUAUACAGUCGAAUCUACACUGAUUUUAAACAACGAGCAGAAGUCGAUUUGUGGCCAAUUCCAAUCAUAUCAAAAGAUAAUGAAGAGCUGAAACCAGUCCUUACCAUUGAAAAGGUGGAGAAGGCGUAUGCUGCUGCUAUUUCUCAGAAUCGAGUUGUUCGUGGAAUAUUUUUGAUCAAUCCAGAUAACCCUCUUGGAGACGUUUAUAGCCCUGAACUAGUGAUGGACAUUUUAAAGUUUGCCCAAAAGCACAAAUUGCAUGCUAUAGUCGAUGAACUGUACGCACUUUCCGUGUUUCCUGAUGGGCCACAGUUCCACAGCGUUCUGAAGUUUCCUGAAAUUCCUGAUCCAGAGAGAACACAUAUUCUUUAUGGUUUAAGUAAGGAUUUUGGUUUAGCUGGAUUACGAAUAGGUGUGAUUUACACCCAGUGCAAAGAACUGCGAAAUUGUUUGAUUCAACUCACCGCCUUUGCAAGCGUGCCUUACCCUAUCAUGGACAUAGCAGCAAGAUUAUUAGAAGACAUAGAUUGGUGCAAAGCAUAUGUUGCCGAGUUUAAAAAACGUUUGCAAGAUAAAUUCACCUCAUGUUCAACACAUUUGAAAAAACUGGGAAUUAAUGUUAGAGAUUCAAAAGCUGGCCUCUUUUUGUGGAUGGAUUUUCGCCAUGUGUGCGGUUCAAAAUCUUUUAAGCAAGAAAGGGACUUUUUCCUGUACCUCCUGAAUGAGAUGCAUUUAUACAUUGUUCCUGGAGAAGAACUUUUUUCAGCUCAACCAGGAUGGUUCAGAAUGAUUUUCACCGGUCAUCCGAAUAAUUUGAAUGAAGGGUUAAGACGUCUGGAACAAGCCAUACAGAACUAUAAACCUCUUGAUUUGUAGACUAGAAUUCUUGUGAUUCAUGACCUGCUUGUCAGAUAAAAGAAAGAAAAACGAAAAAUUGUAGAAAUUUGUUAUGUAGAAAGGGUAAUAAAACUCAUGUGAAUAAAUUUCUUUUACAAUCCAGAAAUGCUCACUUAUUGAUAAUAAUACGUGACAGUUUAAAACACUUUUAUUUUGUUAAAUAAUAACCAAUUUCAUUCUAAAUCCAAACAAAAGUGGGAAGAAAACUGAAAAAAGCAUAGCCGAGUCUGUUAAAGUCUGAAGAUAUUUAUAUAGUUAAGAGAUAAUUUUUUUUUUCCAUUUUUAAUUGUUCUUCGGAAAAGAAAAGAAAUUUUCGUCCUUUGUAACUAUGCUUUAAAAGAAGGAAUUGCAUAAACCAUUAUAGUUUACUGUCACGUUUUCAUACCAAUAUCUGUUUUUUUUAAUCAUU